CCUGGCUUACCAGUAAGCAACAUCCAUCUAAAACUUGCUAGGGUUGCUUGCAAAAUUUAGCGAAUUGUCUUCUCGCAAAUACGGGCGCCCAAUAGGCUCAUGUCUUAUCACUCUUGAAAUACGACGGUGACAGACACUUAGUGAUCACCCCAUAAAUACCACGGGAGCUGUCUCAUCCUGCCUCUUGUGAAGAAUGCUUGUAGGAAUGGGUUGGAUGCAGCCGUCUUCGGAGCGGAAGGCAUGAUGUCUCUACUCAUUUCGCUUUAUAAUACUGUGCUGAUAAUCCUAGCGACAACGGGUCUGACAACUGCAUGGAACGCGACCGGAAGACUCAAUACCACUCUCACGGUCUGGGAUCCAGAUGUGGAUAGCUACCAACCUACGGGCCUAGAGCUCAACAUUGGCGUGUCUUACGGAUCGAGUCGCAUACCUGGUUCAUCAGUAGACACGGAUCUGCAGUAUACAGUGUCUGAGAGCAUUUGGUUAUCCGAUCUAGACGGCAAUUCAAUAUGCGUGGCUCCAUACACUCUCUGUGCGUUAGCAUUUACCGGCGGACUCACAAAUACCACUGUGAUCGCGCAGAUGCAAGAAGACAAUGGAAACUGUGCUAGCGUAUUCGAACCGAAUUGCAUCGGAGAUCUCAAAGGAGCGCUGGGAAACGCUGUUCUAGAGGCCGGGAACGGGGAUCUCACUUCACACGAAAUAUGCGCCUCCAUCAGCGGAGCCGUUAAGAUUCCAGGCUCUUGUGCGAGUAUUGGGUCACUUUUGAAUCGGUCGUCAUCGGGUGUUCUUCUUGAGACAUCAUCCACCUGUGGGGUGAAUGGCGACCAGCCCUUCACAGUAACUUCUUUCACCGAGCCACAGUCACAGCUGGGUACGGUCUUCGGUACCUACGAUCAAUACAUCGAGGGCUUUACUCCUGUGAUGCUGAUCGCAUUCGGACCCAACGGUACCAAUAUCGUUGCGGAAAAUCCAGUCGGGACUCGAAGCUUGAAUUGUAUUCGGCCGGUAAACGUAGUGAAAGGCUCUCGCAAACCUGGGGCUGCAAGUCCCAGUUCACAAUUCUCCAUAGCUCUCACCAUAGCAGUCUCAGUGAGUUCAGUUGUCUUUUUGGCGCUAUGAAUUCCCUCAUUCUCUGCUACCCUGGCGCACACAAAAUUGGAGAAAGGUCUUCAUAUGCGCUCCUCGGGGCAUUAUUUAAUGUAGAUGAUUAGUUAUUGUUAUGAGAAAUGGGAUAUGCCAGUCUAUCGGGGUCUGUCGUCUACGUACAGCUGAUUACCAGUACUGAAAAUUGUGAUGUUUAUUAAAAAGGGGA